AUCUAUGACCCAUGACCAGUAAAUAUUUACACGAGUUGGGAAGGGUUAGGGUGCCAGAGGCGGCAACAGUGAGGGCCAUUGAGGCAGCAGCAGAGAGAGCGCUGUAGUGUGUGCGUGACCAUGGUGGACUACAGCAAGUGGAAAGAUAUUGAGAUAUCAGAUGAUGAGGAUGACACUCAUCCCAACAUUGACACACCAUCCUUAUUUCGAUGGCGGCACCAAGCCAGACUGGAACGUAUGGCAGAAAAGCAGAAGGAAAUGGAGGAAAUGAAGAAACAGAAACGCAAAUAUGAUGAUGAAGUAAAAACUUUGAAGGAAAAGCUUUCUCAAGCUAAAGAAUCUGUUGGAGUAGAAGAUAUGUCGAAGUUGAAAAGUGCCCUUGCAGAAUUGGAGAGGAAGGGAGAAGAAUUAGUUAACAAACAAAAGGAGCUGGAAAAAAAAGAAAGGCUUGAGCCAUGGAAUGUUGAUACCAUAAGUUCUGAUGGCUUUAGCAAGACAGUGAUCAAUCGUCCACCUCCUCGAAAGAAUGAAGAACUAAGUGAGGAAGAGAAAGAACAGCGUAUGAAAGAGUUUGUUAAAAAGCAUGAAGCCAACAUCAAGAAAUAUGGCAUGUACAGAAGCUUUGAUGACUCAAGGAGAUAUCUGAUGGAACACCCUGAAUUAGCUUGUGAAGAUACAGCCAAUUACUUGGUGGUGUGGUGCAUCAAUCUGGAGAUGGAGGAGAAACAUGAUCUUAUGAACCAUGUGGCUCAUCAGACCAUCUGCAUGCAGUUCAUUUUAGAACUUGCUAAACAGCUUGAGAGAGACCCACGCUCCUGUGUAUCUGCAUUUUUCCACAGAAUUCAGCAAGCAGAACCUGAGUAUAAGAAGGCCUUUACUGAUGAAUUAGAGGCCUUUAAAGAACGGAUCAGAAAACGUGCAGAACAGAAACUGGAGGAGAUGAUGAAGGAGGCUGAGGAGGAGGAGCGACAGAAAAGGCUUGGCCCUGGGGGUCUUGAUCCCGUUGAAGUCAUGGAGACAUUACCUGAGGAGUUGAAGGAAUGCUUCAUUACCCAGGAUGUGGAAAUGUUGCAGAAGACAAUUGAGAAAAUGGAUCCUGAGGACGCAAAGUAUCACAUGAAAAGAUGUGUUGAUUCAGGAUUGUGGGUACCAAAUGCUGCUGAUGCAGAGAAUGCAAACAAAGACAAGGCUUCUGAAUAAAAUGCAAUUACUUAUGACCAUAUUAUUAUAUCUUAGUGAAACAUUUUAUCAGAUAAGUGUGAAUGAUAUGAAAGAUGAAUGAUUAUGUAGUUGUGCUGUACUGAGGAAAGUAAAUGACACUUUUUUUUUUUUUUUUACAUAAAACUUGUGCAAUUAUUAUUUUGUUUAUUUUUUUAAUUUUAUUUUAUUUAUUUAUUUUUUAUUAUUAUUAUUAUUAUUUAUUUUAUUUAUUUAUUUUUUUUCAACAGUCAUCAUGCUGUUGACAUUAUAUCCAGUAGUAAUGUAUCAUGAGGAACUGUUGCAAGAUGAUAGAGCUGUGCUGCAGGAAACUUGCAUUGUUGACAAUAAGUCUCACAAAGCAAUGAAAAAAAUAUUUAGUGUUAAAAUUCAGAGAUAAAAUAAAACAUUUAAAUUUCUA